AGGAGCAUGUUUUUACUCUUCCUAUGGAUGUUCUCGCUGCCGGACACACUUUCACAAGCCGCGCAGUCUCGUUUCCUCCAGGAGCCGGCCGACCAGACGGUGGUGGCGGGGCAGAAGGUGGUGCUGACGUGCGUGGUGCUGAACUACUCCGGGAUCGUGCAAUGGACCAAAGACGGCCUGGCCCUGGGCCUGGGGAACCUAAAGAUCUGGCCUCGCUACCAAGUGGUCGGCAACGUGGAUUCCGGCCAGUACAACCUGGAAAUCACCAACGCCAGCAUCUACGAUGACGCCAACUUCGAGUGCCAAGCCACCGAGGCCGCCCUCCGGUCCAAGGGAGCCAAGCUGACUGUGCUGAUUCCCCCGGAGGAUCCGGUCAUAGAGACGGGCCCUGAAAUAGUUUUCAGGUCUCGGGGAACCCCCAUUAGAAUUUACAUUGGUGGUCACUCAGUAACAGGUCCUCUUUAAGUGGCUUCACUCGUUCAUCUCACGGAUCUUGUUCCACAGAUGGUGCUGACAGAUGGAAAACUCGAAACCACCACGAGCUACCUGCUGAUAGUCCCCACGGAUCAAGACAUCGGGCGGAUGUUCACGUGUAGGACAUCGAACUACGCCAUUCCAACCGGCAAGGAGACCACGGUCAAGCUGGACGUCCACCAUCCGCCAACCGUCACCCUAUCCAUCCAUCCUCAAACUGUGCUGGAGGGCGAACGGGUCCGCUUCUCGUGUAUGGCCACCGCCAAUCCAACCAUUAAAGGAUACAGGUGGGCCAAGGGAGGAGUGAUCAUCGAGGGGGCCAAGGAGAGCACGUACGAGACGCAGGUGGAUUACACCUUUUUCACCGAGCCCGUCUCCUGCGAAGUGCACAACGAAGUUGGGAGUACCAACGUUAGCACGCUGGUGGACGUGCAGUUCGCCCCUCGAAUUGUGGUCGAGCCGAAGCCUACCGUGACGGAUACCGGGUCCGACGCCACGCUGAACUGCAUUUGGACCGGGAACCCUCCGCUCACCCUGACGUGGACCAAGAAAGGAACGGAUGGGGUGUUGAGUAACAGCAACCAGCUCUUUCUGAAGUCCGUACGUCAGGAGGAUGCCGGGCAGUACGUGUGCAAAGCCAUCGUCCCGCGUAUCGGCGUGGGAGAGAGGGAGGUGACGCUGUUCGUCAAUGGUCCUCCCAUGAUCACCAGCGAGGGGCAGCAGUACGCAGUGCGCGGCGGGGUAGGAAAAGUCGAAUGUUUCAUCGGAAGCUUCCAAACUCUGAACUCUUGUGUAGAGCACAUGGCCUGGGCGUGGCCAGAGCGGACCAUGGAAACGGGAACGGUGGACAGGUAUACGGUAGAAAGGACCAAAUCGGAAAUUGGUGUGCGCUCCACCCUGACCAUCAAUAACGUCAUGGAGUCAGACUUCCAGACCACGUACAACUGCACGGCGUGGAACAGCUUCGGUUCAGAAACUGCCAAUAUUAGACUGGUGGAGAAAGAAGUCGUCCCGGUGGGAAUCAUUGCCGGAGCGACCAUCGGCGCCGGCAUCCUAGUCAUCAUCUUCUUCGUCUUCUUCAUCUUCUUCCUCUACAGACGUCGUAAAGGCAGUCGUAAGGAUGUGACACUGAGGAAACUGGAUAUCAAGGUGGAGACGGUGAAUCGGGAACCUCUAACCAUGCACCCAGACAGAGAGGAGGACGCCUCCAGCAUUUCCACCGCAACAAGGGUCAUGAAGGCUAUCUACGAAUCUUUUAAAGAUGACGUGGACCUCAAACAAGACCUCCGUUGUGACACCAUCGACCGAGAGGAGUACGAGCUCAAGGAUCCAACCAACGGCUAUUACAAUGUCCGAGCUCACGACGACAGGCCGACCUCCCGAUCUGUGUUGUACGCAGAGUACCGUAAUCCUGGACCGGCGCGGUUUGAUGCUCGCCCUUCUUCUCGUCUCUCCCACUCCAGCGGCUAUGCCCAGCUGAACACCUAUAGCCGGGCUCCUACUUCAGAUUAUAGUACAGACCCUACUCCCACCGUCACAUCCGCCACUACAGAUACCACCAGUCAACUGUCCUACGAUAACUACGAAAAGUUUGGGACACACGCUUUCUCAACCAACCCUGGCUACCCCACUUACAGGCUUGGUUACAUGCAGCCAACCACCUCAGGUAUGGAUCGAGGACCUUACGAUACUUUUGACCCGGUUGGGAAGUUCGCAGGAGCCACCCGUUUCUCAUACACAUCCCAGCAUUCCGACUAUGGACAGAGGUUUCAACAAAGGAUGCAGACGCAUGUCUGAGGACUGACUGAAAGCGAAAACCAGUGGGCAAAGUCAGCGGGGGGAUGCCCUUCAGUUACGCCCUCUCUGAUACAAUAUCAAAUCACGAGACAGGACUCUUGGAGGCGAACCAACCUCUUACCGUGUCUUCUGAUACUCAGGGACCUUAUUGUCUUGAUCUCAGAAGUCCCCAAGAAAACAGCUGAAGUUGCCCCGCCAGGCAGAGCCUCGAGGUUUUGAUACAGAAUAAGAUGCCAAAACAGAAAGCUGGCCUUUUAGCACCUGACCAUUCCUUGAAAAACCACUGACUGCCAUCCGGUGUAUGGCAAACGCUUUGACUUAGACGACAGCUCGGUACUGGUGAAGCUUUUCACUCGGCCAAAAAGUUCCUUGAAUCACUUUGGUCUUUCUCAUGCAAACUCAUUUCUGGUUUUUAGCCAUCUCCCUAACUGCCAGGAAUGCCAUGCCAUCACAGAGGAGAGGCAUUUGGUCUUGCCAUUGCAAGGUCUUUUGUAGGUCUACAUUCCAGCUGUUGGAAUGGAGGAGAAGAAGGGGAAAAUGCUGAUUCCACGAUUGGCCACCAACACUUCUUUCGUCCAGUAGCCUUCACCAUCCCGGCAUUUUGAACGGCAGCUGUUGGCGAGUGGAGUGGCAAGGAUUUUGGACAAUCAGAAUAAUUAAUAUGGGAACAUUUUGAAGGUCGACUUAUAUAUAUUCCACUUUGGGGAUACUGAUGUUCAUCCUGCUUCAGGAACACAUGGUCUAGAAUCACUACCAAGUGCUUUGCUGUAACGCGCCUACCUGCCCGCCCGUCGGAGAACGGGUAACAGUGUGCGAGAUGACAGAGCACUCCUUCACCCCCUGUUUG